UGGGAAGCUGACAUGAGCGGAAAACUGUGAAGCAAAAACACAUCAAAAUCACCGAACAUGGGAAACUCAGGUUCCCACAAGGAGAAGAUGGCCAAGCUGGUUGAGACCGGCCCUCCGCCCAUGAAGCCCGGUCGCCUCUAUGUCAACCCAAAGGAAGAGGAUCAGAUGGAGAUCCAGGGUUACGUGGUGAACACCUGGAAGCGGGUUGUGUUGUGGGUCUGUGCGGUGCCCACCGUGGGGCUUCUCAUGCUCGUCAUGUACUGGCUUCCACACCUUUACGUCAAACUUACACACGACAAAUGUCCGCUUCACAAAGCAGAAGUAGUUCUCUUGAAGGACCAGUACAAACAGUGGUUUAAGUCCAAUGUGAAAGUCAUACACCAAGAUGUGUUUUCAAACGUCGAAUCUGCCCCAAAUUCAUUGGGUCAGAUCAAGACAGCAGAUUCAACAGAUACUCAGCUGGAAAGAAUCGAGCACAGCGACAUGUCCAUUCGUUACUUCAUCAGCAAAAAAGUCAAGUACAUAUGGGAUGUUGAAAAAGAUAAUUUUAUUAAACUCAGAGGACUGGAGGCUGACCAUUCAUGUUCAUAUUUCCAUAAACUUAGAGGCCUUAAAUUUGAAAAUCAGGAAAAAAGACGUGUGCUUUAUGGUCCAAAUUCCAUCAGAGUUCAUGUUACUUCAAUAUUGGUACUACUUUUCAAAGAGGUUCUGUCUCCAUUCUAUGUGUUCCAAGUGUUCAGCAUGUGUCUGUGGUAUGCUGAUCAGUAUGAGAUAUAUGCCACAUGUAUUCUCCUCAUCUCAACGUUAUCCAUUGUGGUCACCAUCUAUCAAACAAGAAAGAUGCAAAGAGCAUUAAGGAACACGAUAACGUUGUCGUCCAUUGUAACGGUGUGUAGGGGAACACCUGAUGAGUGUGAGAGUAUAUCAUCAGAAGACCUUGUUCCGGGUGAUGUUAUUGAGAUUCCUGCUCACGGCUGUCUGAUUAGAUGUUGACAUAUUCACAUGAACACAAAUAUUAUACAUCAUGACUAUAUUCUAUUCUCUCCUGCAGGUGAGAGUGUUCCAGUUACCAAGACUCCGUUACCAAACCCUCGAAUCAGCAAGGACCAGACAGACAUCGUCUUUGAUAUCCAACAGCAUUCCAAACAUGUCCUCUUCUGUGGAACUAACGUCAUUCAAACACGUUACUACGGCAACCACAAAGUGAGAGCUGUGGUUCUCAGAACAGGUUUUUCCACCUCCAAGGGAGCUUUAGUCCGUGCUAUUUUGUACCCGAAACCCGUGGAUUUCCGCUUCAACCGACAGACCUACUGGUUUAUAUGUGUGCUGGCUGGCAUCGCCUCUCUUGGCUUGAUCUACACCAUUAUCAUCAUGAAUGAACGUGGUGAGAGUGUUGGUCAUAUUAUAAUCCGUGCUUUGGAUUUGAUCACGAUUGCAGUUCCUCCCGCCCUACCAGCUGCACUGGCUGUUGGUAUCGUGUUUGCCCAGAGUCGACUGAAACGUAACCAGAUCUACUGUAUCAGUCCAGGCAGCAUCAACAUCUGCGGCAGCAUCAACGCUGUGUGCUUUGACAAGACUGGAACUCUCACCGAAGAAGGACUUGACAUGCAGGGAGUGGUACCAGUCAACAAUCAAAGGUUUCAAGACCAGAUACAAGAUUUCAGUGUUCUACCACCUGGACCUCUCCUCAGUGCCAUGGUAACGUGUCACUCGCUCACUAUCAUAGAAGGGAAGAUUGUGGGAGACCCCCUUGAUCUGAUCAUGUUUGAAUCCACGGAGUGGGUUUUGGAAGAACCCGGGCAGGAAGAAACUCGUUUUGACAUGAUGGUUCCAACAAUUGUUUAUCCGAAAAACAAAAAGUUUUCCACAUCAGAGACCUAUCUUGAUGGGCAGAUUGUUGAGCCAAGCGGUGAUGAGAUUGGAAUUCUCCGACAGUUCACCUUCUCCUCCAGUCUGCAGAGAAUGUCCGUGAUCACACGCAAACACGGGGCUGCCAACUUCGACCUGUUUGUGAAGGGCUCGCCAGAAAUGGUCACCAGUCUCUCAAAACCUGAUACAGUGCCUAUGAAUUUCCAUGAUAUCUUGAUGGAUUAUACUCAACAUGGAUACAGAGUUAUUGCCCUUGCCUGGAAACCUUUAUCACCCAAGUUAAACUAUGUGAAAGCACAAAGAAUUACAAGGGAGCAGGUUGAGAAAGAUUUGAAUUUUCUUGGUCUGCUGAUUAUGGAGAACUGUCUGAAGCCUGAGACUGCUCCAGUGAUCCAAGUUCUUCGAGAGGCAAACAUCCGAAACGUCAUGGUCACUGGUGAUAACAUGUUGACAGCGCUGAGUGUGGCUCGAGAGUGUGGUAUGGUGGACAAGACUGACCGCAUCAUUCUCGUUCAGGCAUACCCACCACAAGAGUUGAAAUUGCAGCCGGAGAUAGAGUUUGUGUAUGCUGAUGACCGAGAGACGAAGGUGGAGGAGGUUACGACAAUGGGUGACACGUCGAUCAGAAUUGACGAGGAUAACCACCGAUUCCACUUUGCCAUUACAGGCAAGUCAUGGGAGGUGAUCAAACGAUACAUGCCGGACAUCCUCUCGAAGAUUGUUGUAAGAGGCACUGUGUUUGCUCGUAUGGGGCCAGAGCAAAAAGCUCAGCUGGUUGAAUUGCUACAGAUUCUUGGCUACUACGUUGGUAUGUGUGGUGAUGGAGCGAACGACUGUGGAGCACUGAAAAUGGCCCACACUGGAAUCUCACUGUCCGAGGCCGAAGCGUCCGUGGCUUCACCUUUCACUUCUAAAGUUCCAACCAUCGAGUGCGUCCCCACCGUCAUCAAGGAAGGACGAUGUGCACUUGUGACCUCGUUUGGGAUCUUCAAGUACAUGGCCUGCUACAGUCUGACUCAGCUUGUGUCUGUUCUCCUCUUAUACUGGAUUGGUGCUAACCUGACAGACUACGAGUUCUUGUUUAUUGAUCUCUUCACCAUCACCACUCUCAGCAUCACUUAUGGCCGAACGGGCCCGUACCCGCAGCUGGCAAAGGAGCUGCCACCCAUCAGUCUGUUGGCUGCAGGGCCCAUUCUGUCCCUCAUCAUCCACGUCGUCAUCCAGACCGCUGUGCAGGUUUAUUGUUUCAUCGACAUCCAGAAACAACCCUGGUUUGUUCCCUUUCAUCCCAAUGAGGAUGAUGACUACCAGUGUUAUGAGAAUUCUGCCGUCUUCCUCAUUUCAACGUUCCAGUACACCAUCUUGGCAGUUGCAUUCUCAAAGGGUGCUCCAUUCCGGCGGACUAUAUUUUCUAAUUACUUAUUCCUCGGCAACAUUGCCCUAUGUGCUGCUCUAUCUGCUUGGUUGACCAUCUAUCCUACUGAUGGCUUUGCUGACUUUAUGGAGCUGAAAAUAUUUCCGCCCAUCACAUAUCGCCUGAUGUACAUUGGAAUCGCAGCCAUCAACUUCUUCCUUUCAGUGAUGAUUGAGAUGUUCCUUAUAGAUAACACAAACAUUGUGGAGCAUUGCCGAUCUGCCAUCAAGCAUUACCUCCCAACGGCCGAGUACAAGUAUGCAAGUAUUGAAAAUGAAAUAAAGGAGAACCCUGACUGGCCACCUGUCUCAAAAACGACGCAUGGCCUGGCCGCGGCGUUCCAGCGUCUGGACAGCCUGCACCACGUACCCCGGGACGGCGACGGCCGUGUGGGGUCCGCCCUCAACGACCUGCUCGAGAUGGAAGAUGACUCGAGUAGUGAGAAGUCGUUCGGUCGACACAGGCUGCCUGACGGUCUCGAGCUCCGCAACAGGGGGGAUCGGCAGACAGCGGAGGGGGCCCAUUAUGGGGCCCAUGAUGGGGAUCGGCAGACAGCGGAGGUUGCCCAUCACGGUGACCGCCACAGAACCAUGUUGUCCCAUCUCAACUUGGACGACCAACGCAAUGUUGAUUGCAACGAUCCAGUGACAGUUGAAAUUGCUGGAAAAUACAUUACUCCCAUGUAGAUACAUAAUACAUCGCUUCAGCUGUAGUUGAGGAAAUGAGAGCAAAUACUGGGUCACACUGCCUCACCACAUAAACUGUGUUCAACAGUGCAACAAGUCACCACAUAAACUGUGUUUUACAGUGCAACAACUCACCACAUAAACUGUGUUUUACAGUGCAACAACUCACCACACAAACUAUUCAAGGCUUAACGCGGCCUAACCAUUGUUAACAAUACCACAUUUGUGAUUUGUGGCUCCAAGACGAAAGGCAGUGGUCGACGACAAGACAUUUUCCUCACCAUUGAUCUGGCUUUAAACACAAUAAAAAUAGCAUAUAUCACUCAUAUAUGUCUCAAUGCAAUUCCAAAUUUUAUAAAUAGUGCGAUUUCUUAAAUUCCGAUAUUUUCUUAAAAACACAGGUGUAAUUUAGUAAUAUGCAAUAAAAAAUGUGGCAUCAUUUCAAAUGCUGACAACAUUGAAAUUGAAAAACAGCUAAAUUAACACGAGCCUGUAACAUGUAAAGUGCUUCAUAUACAUGUAGGUUAGUUUCAUGUCUUUAACAAUAACUCGGUUCCAUAUAGAGCUGAGAAGAUUGCUCUUAUGUUGAUAUGUUUGUAUUUUUCAUAACUAAAUAGUUUUUUUGAAUUUAAAAAGAUCACAUAAUUAGGUUUUUUUACCAUUUGUCAAAUGAAAAUUACUGUUGAAUAAGUUAUAUUUAUUGUGCACUGUCGUCAACCUUAAUUAAUAUAAAUAGGAGUUAGUUGAAACAAUUUUAAUUUUUUAACAAAAAGUGUCAGUCUUGCAUGAUGCUUUAACAGCCGUCAAAAUGAACAUAUAGUUUUGCCAAAUGUGCUCAAACUAUGCAUCAAUUAUUGGAUUGUUUCUCAAACUAUUAUCUUCAAAUUAUCAUGAAUAUUUAACAGUUACUGUGUUUAAAAAAAAAAUGUUUUGCUAAUCAUUUCAUAAUGUAUGUAGCUUUACUAGACAAACUAUGCAUGAAUGUAAUGACUUUUUGUCACUCACAUUUCAUUUAUCAUAUAUAUUUUUGCUACAUAUCAGGAGAAAGCCAAUAAACUAUAUUUUAGAUGGUUUA